AGAAGUGGCUGACGAGCUGUGAAUUAAUGAUCCUAGGGUUCCAUUGUGCUGAAAACUCUUACAAACCAAGUGAAGUCACCUCAGGGAGGAAACGCACUCCAUUCCCACUUCCCAAAGCACUUGUUAAAUGUUCCUGAAGAGAAGGUGUGUCUGCUUGAAAGCAGCUCAGGGUGGAAGGAAAAAACAGAAGUACGACAUUGAAACUCGGCAAUAAACAAGGGCCGGAUAUACUUCCUAUUCUGGGUGAAAGAGAGAUCUAGACACGUCACAUUCACACACACACACGCACACACCGACCACACACGCAUACCCUCGCACCGAUCAGGAAGUGAUACACACAGCAUCAGGUCUUUGUGCUAGGUGUCCCAGGGUACAGCUGUCAGCCUCGGGGGAAGAAUUACACAAGGUUGUGAUUAUGAGCCAUUCGACGCUCCGCUGCUGACCUCCGAUUCCUGCUCUGGACUCGAAGCUACAGCACUUUGUCAUGGGCACCCGGCUGAAACAAAAUCCAGAGAGAACCUUCUACUGGUUCUUUGAGGCCUCCUGUCCCAUUGCCAAGGACAAAGAUCCUGGAGUUUUAUUUCAGUUUCCGGAGGAUUUCAGUGAUGAGGAAUCCAUUCAGAGCCUCCCAAGGUUCUGCUUCCCCUACGACAUUGAGAGGGUGAGGGCGAGUGUGGCAGUGCAGCACUUCACCUUUGUGCUCACCGACCUGGAGGGGUGCCAGCGUUUUGGAUUUUGUCGUCAGACAUCCGGAUCCAGGACCUGUCUCUGCAUCCUGAGCUACCUGCCGUGGUUUGAGGUGUUCUACAAGCUGCUCAACUCUCUGGCAGACUAUCUGUCCAAAGGGCAGACCAAUGAGAUGCGGGAGCUGCUGUCAGCCCUCUACAGGCACCCAGUUCCACAGGCGGACAGUUGUGUCACUUUGCAGCUGGGCGAGCAGAUUCAGAUCACCACAGGGGCACGGCAACCCCCCGACAGCGGUCACCCUGCCCCACUUGGGCAGGGAGAAUCAGGGAUCCCGUACUUCAUCGCUCCAGACCCCAGGACUCUGCCCUCCAUCCCUGAGAGUAGGAACCUGACUGAGCUCGUGGUGGCUGUGGAUGUGAGCAACCUGCUGCAGCUCUACGCCAGCAUGCUGUUUGAGAGACGCAUCCUGAUCUGCUCCAGCAAGCUGAGCACGUGUCUCAAAAGUGCUGAUUGGCCCAGUUGCACUGUGUCUUCCCAGCUGACAGCCUGUGUGCAUGCCUGCAGCGCCAUGCUUUUCCCCAUGUACUGGCAGCACAUUUUCAUCCCCGUGCUCCCCCCUCACCUGCUCGACUACUGCUGUGCACCCAUGCCCUACCUGAUCGGAGUCCAUUCCAGUCUCUUCGAGAGAGUGAGGGGCAACGCCUUGGAGGAUGUGGUCAUCCUGAAUGUGGACACAAACACCAUAGAGUCUCCAUUUGACGACCUGAAGAGGAUUCCCUCGGACGUGGUGUCGGCCCUGAAAAUGAGGCUGAAGAAGCAGUCUGCGGCCACGGGGACGGGAGUGGCCAGGGCCUUCCUGAGGGCACAGGCACAGCUGUUUGGGGGGUAUAGGGAUGCACUGAUCUGCACACAGGAAGGAGGGUCAAUCUCUUUCUGCAAAGAGUCCUUCCUAAAUCACAAGUCCAGCAGUAUGAGGCAGUUCCUGGAGAGUGCUGUGCACCUGCAGUUCUUCAAGCAGUUCAUUGAUGCAAGGCUGGAGUUGCUGAACCGGGGCAGUGAACCAGCAGACCUCUUCGAGGAGGAGAUCCUACAGUUUGGGGCAUCUGCUUCAGGUGGCAGACCUUACCAACAGUGGGUGGGCAGCUUAAAGAAAGGGGGCGGUGCACUAAUCCACACCGUUAAGACCAAGGCUAACAUAUACAAGGCCGGGAAAAUCCUCGCCAAGUGUGAUCCAAGGAAUAAGGAGGAUAGUGACGUCCCCAUCCUCUACAGAGUGGGGUCCCUGCGGUCGGACCCCCCCGGAUCUCACCAGUACCGCAGGGUCCGGUCGGACUGCCUGCAGAGUCGGCUGCCUAUCACACAGCACUUUGGGAAGUCUCGGCCACGUCGUCCAACCCGUAGGUUCACUAGCCCUUUGGAGGAUGGGAUUCAGUCGAACCCGAACAGCACCGCGACGUGCACCUGGGAACCUGUCGUGGAGAAUGGGGAGGCAGACGCUGAGGUCAGCAGCAUGGAGAGCACACAGCUGGAGGACCCUGACAGUGACCUUAUGCCUGACCCUGAAGAGAUGGACUUGCUAGGGGAGAUCUUCGACACGCUCAGCACGCGGAGCUCCCAUGAACGCGGCCUGCUCUACGCAACUCGCAGCCUCGAUCUCUUUGGGUCUGACAGCAGUGACUACAUCACACGGUGCAAGAUGACCGCUCCGAGCCAAGAGAGUCUGAGCCCCUCCACAGGGAGGAGUGAAAGUCUGCUGAGCUGGGGCCAGGAUGGCAGCUUGGAGGAGAGCCAGCAUGGCGAUCUAGAGGAGGGAGGCUCUGACAGGCUAGAUGCACUGGAGGUAGGCCAGCAGGACAGUUUCAGGGAAGGCAUUGAGGAGUGUGUUGAAGAGAACUCAAAGGCAGGGAAGGGGAAAGGGUGUUAUGAAGAUAGGCAGGAAGAGGGAUUGGAGAGGCUGGAGCAGGAGCCGGAAGGGUUAGACCGAACGAGAUUGGAAAGACAUGACAUGGGAUUUGAAAGCAGUCAGGUUGUCCAGGAAGAGGAGCAGAGGAGCGAGAACGUGGAAUCCUUCCUCCCAGAUUCCUCACCUGCCCUUGGAGGAAGUGCACUACUUUCCCCUUCCACAGGAGUCGCCUGGGAGAAAGGAACCCAUUUGGAGGACCAGCUGGCUGUGGGGCCCCCAUCUGGGGUUGAGGAGAUUGCGGUCUUGCUUUUGCAAGAAGGGAGCAUGAGGAAGGAGAACCAGUCUCAGCUCCCACAGCAGGGGAAUGAGGGUGGAGACACACCCAAAACUAACUCUGCAUCUCCAGAGAUCCUGAAGCCAGGUUCUGCAGCAGUGGAAGGGGAAAGUACUUCUCCCAGGCUAAAGGAGACAUUGACUCUGUUCGAGGUCAGGGCUUCAAGGAGGCCAGUGAGCGUUUGGAGGAACAUCUCCGAAAGACCUGAUCCUUCUGUGUCUCCAAAUGGUAGGCUAGAAAAUCGGGCCACUGGGGUCUUGGACAGCUCAAAUGGAGUACUUUGUACUGGGCUAUCUGCAGCACCAGAGACCAGUGAGACUGAGGACCAUCCCCCUGUUAAGGUGUCCGAGUUGAAGAAACGGUUCGAGGCCUGACUCCUGUGAUGUUCCUAGUGUCACUGUGUGUGACUGCAUGACAAGUCCAACAACAGCUUUGCCGUCACUCAGUGCCUGAUAGAUCUCCACAGCAACAGCACCGCUUUGUCUCAAAUAUAAAGAUGAAAGAGUCAAGACCAUAUUCACCUGAACUUUGUUGCCUCUGUAAGCUCUCCCCCGAAUUCCGUGUUCUCAAAAAAACCAAUAUGAUCAAUUCAUCCUUUUAACGAACAGCUGAGAGCAGCAAUACUUUGUGUUCAAUUCAACGUAUUUUUAUAGAGCGCUCUUCUCACACAGUGACACAGAGCGCUCAACAAAGGCAUAAGAUGACGAAACAAAUAAGACAGGUGUUCGUAGUCAAUGUUGGCAGAGCUUCUGGGAUUUCUGAAUAUCUGUGUGGUUGGGGUUAGUGUGUGACGCAUAGACUGACAUACAAAGUGAAAUCAGGAAGCAACAGUAGGACUGAAGUUCAUCAGGAAAGAGCAGGAAGGCGACUUUGAAAAAAUAUCAAAUCUGUUAUUACACUGUUGCUUGGUGUUACACUCUUUAAGAGUGAUCGUUGUGCAUUAUUUUUUCAUAUAAAACCUUUCACAAAUCACCCAGAGAUGUGUUUUAUCAUCAUAUAUUCUUUUGUCACACAUAAUGUUUCAUAUGCCACUGGCUCUUCGGCUUACAAGCGUGAAAGGAAGUCUCUUUGUGACUGUAGUUCACGGUUCUCAACUCUGCAGUCGCUUCUAGCGCUAAGUGACAGUCGACAAAGGGUUAAUAACACAGAUGUCCCUCGGUUUACUUAUAGGUGAGAUUUUGUGAAAAUCUCAGCUGUAGCUGUAACGAAUAAAAAAUAAUUGGUAAAACUGUUAAUUCUCUUAACUUGAAGCUACAUUACAAUUAAAGCUAAUUUAAAAUGACAAAGUAAAAAUAUGUUGAUGAUUCGGCCCACAAACGUAUAACAUUCUUAAUCUUGUGCCCGGUGACCAACAGCAAACAGAAUCUAGAAGUACUUGAAUCAAGGCAUUUCCACAUAUCUACAAAAUGUGUAUCUUAAGUAAAAUAGUAAAAUGAGAAGCCAGUGUAUUUCUGAAGCCUAUUGCUGGAGCGGGGUGGGAAGCCCACAACGUCAUGACUGGAACGCCUAGGGCUUCUGAAAAAUCCAGCUAUUUGGAGCUGUGCUGCCAAAAUGUGGGUGUAAAUAUGCUUCC